AUGUUCCAGAGCCAGAACCUGCCGUGGCGGGCAGCCCUUCGCCACGCAUCGCGCUCCGCCCCGCCCACCGUCACCGCCAGAGCAGCAUCGCGACACCUGCCCGCCCAAUGUGCCGCCUCUCUCGUCGCCCGCCCGCCCCUCCGCUGCCCCAAGCCCCCCGCCGCCCUCUUCGCAUACCGCACCUUCUCCACGUCGCUGAGCAGGCCAAAGGAAAAGGACCCCAAGACGCCGCCCGAGCCGCUGGACGAGGCCACCAACGACGACGAGCCCGACGAGGCCAAGAAGCUCCACGCCAAGAACGACGCCCCAGAGCCAAUUCCCUCGCGGACAGGCGCUGGCCGAGGCAGCGCAGCAGGCGGAGGCGGCGAUGGCAGUGGCGGCGAUGGCGGUGGCAGGAAGCGAAAGGGCUCGGAGCGGGCGCUUGUCAAGCCCUCGAUACCCGAUGUCUACCCCCAGGUCAUGGCAAUUCCCCUCGUCAAGCGCCCCUUGUUCCCCGGCUUCUACAAGGCCAUCACUAUCCGCGACAGAGAUGUGGGCCAGGCAAUUGCCGACAUGGUGAAGCGCGGACAGCCAUACAUUGGCGCCUUCAUGUUCAAGGACGACGCAGCCGACAAGGAUGUCAUUGACGACCCCAACGAGGUCUACGACGUCGGUACCUUCUGCCAGGUCACCAGCGCAUUCCCCGUGGGCGCCGACGACAACUUCGCCAUGACUUGCGUCCUCUACCCCCACCGCCGCAUAAAGAUGACGGGUCUCAAGCCGCCCACGCCAGCCAAAGAUGAGCCUUCGGUGGCUGAGAGCACCCUCAAUGACGCCGCCGAAACGCCCGAGUCUGACACCGGCGCCACCCAAUCCAAGGGCGACGUCGUUGCCAGCUUCGAGGAGUCUGCCGAAGAGCCCAAAACGACGCACGGCGCCCUUGUCUCUACCAUUCUCAAGGGCCGCAAGGUCAGCAUCGCCGACGUAGACAACAUGGUUGAGGAGCCCUUUGACCUCAAGACGAACAAGACAAUCCAGGUGCUGGUCAACGAGAUUGUCAACACAUUCAAGAGCGUGGCCCUCUUGAACCCGCUGUUCCGCGACCAUGUCUCGACCUUCUCGGUACACACCACAAUGAAUGUGGGCGAAGAUCCCGUUAAGCUCGCAGACUUCGCUGCUGCCGUGGCCCAGGCCGAGUCGCACGAGCUGCAAGACGCGCUCGAGGAAAUGGAUAUCGAGAAGCGUCUGAGCAAAGCCUUGGAGGUCCUGAAGAAGGAGCUCAUUAGUGCAGAACUGCAGAAAAAGGUUGCAGACGACGUCAACGCCAGAGUCACCAAGAAACACCGCGAAUACAUGUUGAUGGAGCAGAUGAAAGGCAUCAAGCGCGAGCUUGGCAUCGAAUCCGACGGCAAAGACAAGCUGAUUGAGAAGUUCAACGAAAAGGCCAACAAGCUGGCUAUGCCCGAGGCAGUGCGCAAGGUCUUUGAAGAGGAAAUGAGCAAGUUGCAAGGCCUCGAGCCCAACGGAUCAGAGUUCAACGUCACCCGCAACUACCUCGACUGGCUCACACAGCUGCCAUGGGGCCAACGCAGCGCCGAGAACUUUGGUAUCCAACACGCACGCGAGGUACUGGAUGAGGAUCACCAUGGGCUGAAAGACGUCAAGGACCGCAUCUUGGAAUUCAUUGCUGUCGGUAAAUUACGCGGCACGGUCGAAGGCAAGAUUCUCUGUUUGGUCGGGCCACCUGGUGUGGGCAAAACAUCCAUUGGAAAAUCAAUUGCUCGCGCCUUGAACCGCCAGUACUACCGCUUUAGUGUCGGUGGUAUGUACGAUGUAGCUGAGAUCAAGGGUCACCGCAGGACAUAUGUCGGUGCGCUACCCGGACGUAUCAUCCAGGCUCUCAAGAAGUGCCAGACAGAGAACCCACUAGUCUUGAUUGACGAAGUCGACAAGAUUGGCCGAAACAGCAAUCACGGCGACCCGGCAUCCGCGCUUCUUGAGCUGCUCGACCCAGAGCAGAACAACAGUUUCUUAGAUCACUACCUGGAUGUGCCCGUCGAUCUUUCCAAGGUCCUGUUCGUAUGCACAGCCAACAUGGAUGAGACUAUUCCACAGCCUCUGCUCGACCGUAUGGAGGUAAUCCGACUGUCUGGCUAUGUUUCGGACGAGAAGAUUGCCAUUGCCGAGAAAUACUUGUCGCCUGCAGCCAAGGAAAUGAGUGGUUUGAAGGACGCCGACGUUGUGCUCGAAAAGGACGCCAUCGUCGAGCUCAUCAACAAGUACUGCCGUGAGUCUGGUGUGCGAAACCUCAAGAAGCACAUUGAAAAGGUGUACCGGAAGUCUGCCCUCAAGAUCGUCACCGACGUUGGCGAAGAUGCACUGCCAGAAGCCGCAGCUCUGACCGAUGAGGGCAAGGCUGCACAGCAAGAGUCCAAGAAGGACGCGAGCGACCCCAAGGAGACGCCAGAAAAUAUGGAGCAGCAGACUACUGAGAAGCCCCGCGUGGCUCUCAAGGUACCGGAUUCAGUUCAUGUAUCAAUCAACAAGGAUAACCUCAAAGACUACGUCGGCCCGGCCAUCUUCACCUCUGACCGUCUCUACGACUUCACACCACCCGGUGUAGCCAUGGGCCUCGCAUGGACCUCCAUGGGCGGCUCGGCGCUGUAUAUUGAAUCCAUCCUACAGAACGCACUAUCCGCUUCAUCAUCUCCCGGCUUGGAGCGCAGUGGUUCCCUUCGAGAUGUCAUGAAGGAGUCGACCGGUGUUGCCUACUCGUAUGCCAAGAGCACAUUAGCCCGCGAAUUCCCCAAGAACAGGUUCUUUGAACAUGCAAGGAUACAUCUGCACUGCCCCGAGGGCGGCACUCCCAAGGACGGACCAAGCGCUGGUAUCACAAUGGCCACUAGUUUGCUCAGCCUGGCGCUCAACAAGAAAAUCAGGGACGAUGUCGCCAUGACUGGUGAGCUGACGCUUACCGGAAAGGUACUAAGGAUCGGCGGGCUACGGGAGAAGACGGUUGCCGCACGGAGAGCAGGCGCAAAAACAGUCAUUUUUCCACACGACAAUAUGAGUGAUUGGCUCGAAUUGCCAGAGAACAUCAAAGAAGGCAUCGAAGGCCGCCCCGUGUCAUGGUACCAUGAAGUCUUUGAUAUUGUUUUCCCCGACCUCGACAAGGAAGCCGCAAACAAGAUGUGGGAAAAGGAGCUCAAGCCCAAGAAGGGAGACCGCAAGAAGCGCGAGCAAAAGAAGAAGGAAGAGGAAGAAGAGGAGUCUGGUGAGGAUGACGAUUAAGCCGCAUUCGCUAGACUUUGAAUGUAAGAUAUGUACAAUGGGCAGAGGGCAAAGGGUAAAGAAGUGCAGCAACGCAGCGCAUUCCAGGCGUUCUUGUUUCCGCAAACUGUUUUUGGCAUGGCAUUUGGCUACGCAACCGAGCCAUUUAUACGAUCAACUGC